AUGUCUUCACCAGGCUUCGCCGCCUUGGUCGAGCCAGCUGAACCAAAGGAUUGGAUGUGUAGGCCAAGUAACUCCUCAUUCUGGCUUGGCAAGAGCAAAAAGGUCCAGCAGUGGAUGCAAACCCACUGGGAUGUUCUCACCGAUAAAGAAAAGAUUGUUUGCCGCGAAAGCUUCCUCAAGCUGCAGAGCAAGGGCGAAACCAACAACACCCCAUCGUCCUCCAACCUCGGCAGGUGGUUGAAAGAACAAACCGCCCCAAUAGCGCUGAGCAUCGCUUGCUGUGUCUGGGAUGUCGAGAAGCUGGAGAACUUUGCUCCUUGCAAAGAGCUGAUGGAACGUCACAGGAACAUACGAUUCGCGAACGACGGCUGGCUCAAGGCCCGCGGCAGGAAGACGGCACAGCCAAGAAACGGCGUCACCGCAUCGCAAAGUGAAAACCUAGGAAGCGACGGAAUCAUGGAAGUCUCGCCACCAGCGUCUGCCGCACAGAAGACUCCCGUUCCCUUGCAUCAGACCCCCACGCAAAAGGACACUAAGCAUGUUCGAUUCAACCCCAUACAAAACCCCAGGUCGCCCAUAAAUUGGGCAUAUGCGGGAGAGAUCAUUGAUGCUGCCCCAUACAGGAAGCGAGCCGAAACUCCUGUUCCCCUUCCUGUGUCUGGCUCUCAGAAGCAAACGGCGAACCCAAACAAUAGCAAUGGCAGCUCUCAGGCCAAGAAGAUGUCAAACACUGUCGAACGGAAGCUCAACUUUGCUCAAUCUGUCACCAAGACCGCACCAAGUCUUUCGCAGCGAUCUAAGUUUCAGACGCCACUGCGUUCAUCCCCAAAACGCCCACUUGAGCUGGGCAAUACCGACCAUCGCCAGGCGAACCUAAAGAAGUUGAGGGAGAGUCCUCGCCACGAGGUCGAUUACCAGGAGAUCUCGUCGGCCUCGGAGAGCUCUGAUUCUGACUUGGAAGAGAUCACUGAAGCCGAGAUGAAGACGCCCGAGAGGAAGGAAGAAGUGAAGGUUGAAGUCGAUUCAGACGCUGCUCAGGAGGGCCAGGUUGAAAUCUUGCAAGUCUCUCCCGAGCCUCAGAAGAGCAUUGCGACAGAGCCCACUCCCCAGCGACGUUCUGCCAAGGACAUCUGCCAGGAGCACAAGAAGAUCGCCCGCCGCUUCCUGCUCGGCGAGAUUGAUCAAAAGGUUCGCAAGUUGCUUCAGACGCGAUCUGGAAGACGCCUCGCCACUCUCCUCCGCGCUCGACGCAAGCUGGCCAAGGAUCUGAAGAGGUCUCGCCGCGGUCGAGAGGUUUCGAAUGCACUGUCACCCCGCAGCUGCACUGUCAUGAACAUGGAUGACACAGAGAAUGACGAGCCGCAUCACAAUGUGACCGUGCUGAUCCCAAAGGAAACAAAUCUUGAGGCACCUGGACCGUUGUUCUUGCCUGAGCUAGCUGGCACCGAGAUGAUCGAUGCUGUCAGCGAAGAAUCAUCUGCUGACGAAUCCGAAGAGGAAGUCCGCUUCAACGAGCAAGCCGACAUGGAACAGGAUGGCAGCUCUGAGGCUGAGGAUGACGAUCUGCCAUCGCUCGACGAGCUUAUCGAAGCUGCCCAUGUCAAUGCCGGUGGUGGCGACCUCGAGAAACAGCAGCUCCGAAGCCUGAGCUUGUCUGAGCCGUACCUCCAUGAGUCGUACUCGGCGCCCGACUGGUCCCCAACGUUGCAUCGAGGCAAGGCCAACCGCGCAGCGACACCAAAACCGACCAACAACAGUCCAGCCGACAUCGAAUUCCACUCGUCCUUUCCGAAAUAUUACACGACUGACGAAAGUGGCGACGACUUCAGGUUGUAUCCCAACGACCCAGAGCCCCCGGUUAAGGUCAGGAAGGAGAAGAAGCAAAAGAAGAAGAAGAGCAAGCAUAAUAAGGCUGACGACAUGGCGGAGGCUUGUCUGUCCCAGGCCGUCACUGAGCCUGCUGCAUCUACACCGAACACAAUGGAGGCUGGUGCACACAUCAAGAGCCCAGCACGUGGCUCCCUUCAUCCUAGCCCCGCGAGUACCAAAGCUGAGAGGAAGGCGGAGAGGCAGCGACGCAAGGCUGCCAAGCUGGCCGCUGCCACGGAUGGCGUCUGA